UUAAAGGUCAGCUUCACAUCGGCGUGGACAGAUACAGGAUUUUGUCCAUUUUUCAACAGUUUUCUUGUGAUUUCUGACGAGUUUGAGAUACCCCAGACAUCCCAAGACGUACAGAAGAAACUGGCGUUUUUAAACUGUUAGAAACACUAUCCUACAAAAGGAUAUAGUGCGACGUUCGGACCUGUUCACUGAGACAAGAGGAGGCAUAUAGGCACAGAGAAAUCAACAAACCAAGAUGGCCUCUCCCAUUCAAAAAUAUAUUCUGGAGAAAAAAGCUGCUGAGAACAAACAGAACGUGCGGUGUCAGAAAUGCCUGGAGCUGGGACACUGGACAUACGAGUGCACGGGGAAGAGGAAAUACACCCACAGACCCUCACGCACGGUGGAGAUGAAGAAAAAACUCAAGGCCAACGAACAACAGAAACUGGCGAUCAUGCCACCAGAGGGAGCAGCUGGUAAAAAGGAGAAGGUGAAGAAGAAGAAAAAGACGAAGGGUGACAGUGACAGCAGUGACAGCUCGUCUGACAGUGACUCGUCAUCCUCCUCAUCUUCUGACUCCAGCUCUGACUCCGACUCUGACUCUGACUCCUCCUCCAGCUCUAGUAGCAGCUCCAGCAGUAGCUCCAGCAGUGGAGGAGAGGAAGAAGAAGAGAAAGAGGAAGAGAAGAAGGAAAGAAUAGCAGCAUGACUAGUGUUUUGGAUGAUGUAGGGUAGCUUGCAUUUAUUAGAGUUGUAAGUGUAAGAACAUAGCCUCUACCAGGCUUCAGAAGCGGCUGGGAAGAG